CACCUGGGCACCUGGGCUGCCGCGGCGGCGCGGGGCUGCGGCUAGACGCGCGCCAUGGCGGGCGAGAGCCGGAGCCCGUGGGCUCUGGGGCUGCUGCGCACGUUCGACGCGGGCGAGUUCGCGGGCUGGGAGAAGGUCGGCUCGGGCGGCUUCGGGCAGGUGUACAAGGUGCGCCACGUCCACUGGAAGACGUGGCUCGCCAUCAAGUGCUCGCCGAGCCUGCACGUCGACGACAGGGAGCGCAUGGAACUUUUGGAGGAAGCCAAGAAGAUGGAGAUGGCCAAGUUCCGUUACAUCCUGCCCGUGUACGGCAUCUGCCAGGAGCCCGUGGGCCUGGUCAUGGAGUACAUGGAGACGGGCUCCCUGGAGAAGCUGCUGGCCUCCGAGCCGCUGCCCUGGGACCUGCGCUUCCGCAUCAUCCACGAGGCGGCCGUGGGCAUGAACUUCCUGCACUGCAUGUCCCCGCCUCUCCUCCACCUGGACCUCAAGCCCGCCAACAUCCUGCUGGACGCCCACUACCACGUCAAGAUCUCCGACUUCGGGCUGGCCAAGUGCAACGGGCUGUCCCACUCGCACGACCUCAGCAUGGACGGCCUUUUCGGCACCAUCGCCUACCUUCCUCCUGAGCGCAUCCGGGAGAAGAGCCGGCUCUUCGACACCAAGCACGACGUGUACAGCUUUGCCAUCGUGAUCUGGGGCGUGCUCACACAGAAGAAACCGUUUGCAGAUGAGAAAAACAUCCUGCACAUCAUGGUGAAGGUGGUGAAGGGCCACCGCCCCGAGCUGCCGCCUGUCUGCAGACCCAGGCCUCGCGCCUGCGAGAGCCUCCUGCGCCUCAUGCAGAGGUGCUGGCACGGGGACCCCCGGGAGCGGCCCAGCUUCCAAGAAAUCACUUCUGAAACCGAGGACCUGUGUGAAAAACCUGAUGAUGAGGUGAAAGAGACGACUCAAGACCCAGAUGUGAGAAACCCCCCUGAGGCCGAGGCCGAGGCGCCCGUGGCCACCCCGCUCAAGCGAGCCUCUGCCCCGACCUUUGACAACAACUACAGCCUCUCCGAGCUGCUGUCCCAGCUAGACUCGGGCAUCUCCCAGACCCUCGAGGGCCCGGAAGAGCUCAGCCGCAGCUCCUCCGAAUCCAGACUUCCGUCGGCGAGCAGCGGCAAGAGGCUCUCCGGGGUGUCCUCGGUGGAUUCUGCCUUCUCCUCCAGAGGGUCGCUGUCCUUGUCUUUCGAGCGGGAGCCUUCAGCGGGCGAUCUCGGCGCCACCGACGUCCAGAAGAAGAAGCUCGUGGAUGCCAUCGUGAACGGGGACACCAGCAGGUUGAUGAAGAUCCUGCAGCCCCAGGACGUCGACCUGGUCCUGGACGGGGGCGCCAGCCUGCUGCACCUGGCCGCGCAGGCCGGGCAGGAGGACUGCGUCAAGUGGCUGCUGCUUAACAACGCCAACCCCGACCUCGCCAACAGGAAGGGCUCCACCCCGCUCCACCUGGCCGUGGAGAAGAGGGUGCGCGGCGUCGUGGAGCUCCUGCUGGCCCGCAAGAUCAGCGUCAACGCCGCGGACGAGGACCAGUGGACGGCCCUGCACUUCGCGGCCCAGAACGGGGACGAGGGCAGCACGCGGCUGCUGCUGGAGAAGAACGCCUCCGUGCACGAGGCAGACUGCGAGGGCCGGACGCCCAUGCACGUGGCCUGCCAGCACGGCCAGGAGAGCAUCGUGCGUAUCCUGCUGCGCCGCGGCGUGGACGCGGGCCUGCCGGGGAAGGACGCCUGGGUGCCGCUGCACUACGCCGCCUGGCAGGGCCACCUGCCCAUCGUCAAGCUGCUGGCCAAGCAGCCGGGGGUGAGCGUGGACGCGCAGACGCUGGACGGGAGGACGCCCCUGCACCUGGCCGCCCAGCGCGGGCACUACCGCGUGGCCCGCGUCCUCAUCGACCUGCACUCCGACGUCAACGUCUGCGGCCUGCUGGCGCAGACGCCCCUGCACGUGGCUGCGGAGACGGGGCACACGAGCACCGCCAGGCUGCUCCUGCACCGGGGCGCCCGCAGGGAGGCCGUGACGGCCGAGGGCUGCACCGCGCUGCACCUGGCCGCCCGCGCUGGGCACCUGGCGACCGUCAAGCUGCUGGUGGAGGAGCGGGCCGACGUGCUGGCCCGGGGGCCCCGCCACCAGACGGCGCUGCACCUGGCCGCCGCCGGCGGGCACUCGGAGGUGGUGGAGGAGCUGGUCAGCGCCGACGUGCGUGACCUGUCUGACGAGCAGGGGCUCAGCGCGCUGCACCUGGCCGCCCGGGGCCGGCACGCCAAGACGGUGGAGGCGCUGCUCAGACACGGGGCCCACGUCAACCUGCAGAGCCUCAAGUUCCAGGGCGGCCCCGGCCCCUCCGCCGCGCUCCUCCGGCGGAGCAAGACCUAGCCUGCCGCCCCCGGAGCCGGGGCCCCCGCGGUGUUCCGGUCCCCGCGCGUGCUCCGCUCGCCCCGUCUGCGGCCUGCGGGAUGCCGACCGAGUGGGCCGUCGGGAGGCGGGUGGCCGCUGACUCCGGAUUUGCUCCAGUGUCUGCUUGGGCGUCGCCUGCCCACCAUCCCGAUGCGGUUGAUCGGAGCGUGCGCGACCACUGCCCACGGGUGCGCCCGGUGUCAGAGGGACAGUGGGUCGGAGGCAUUUGGUUGCACCCCUCGCUCCUGCCGUCGGUCCCUCGGUGACAGGGCCGUGAGCCCCCCAUCGUGAGCGGAGCCACCUGCGGCUGGGAAGGCGGGCGUGCGGGAGGAGCGGUGUCUUCUCUCUCCAUUUGCAGCGGCAGGCAGAGAAGCCUGUUCCAGAAGUCUUUCGUGGAACCCUUGUUCUACGGAAGAAUAUCUUCAAUAGACGAACAGUGUCAGCUGUCGCUUCAGAUCUGUUAACAACUUUCAUCUCAUUGGAUAGUCUGCUUUCUGCGCCACGAGUGUGAACUGGUAGGUUGGUUUUUAAAGCAAGAACAGUCAUCUUACCAGCCCUUUCAUACCCAGAUUUGUCCAUCACUCAGUCCUCAUGGCUGGCCACACACGUGUGCAUGAGUGCUCCCUGCCCUAGUUCAUUUCUUGUUGCAGAAAAUGUUUGAACUUUAGAGUCAAGUGUCUGAAAGUCAAGAAAAAUUAACUGACAGCCUCGGUUUCGGACUCAGAACCGUGUUACCUAGUUAGAUGAACCACCUUCCUCACCGUUUUCUUUUCAGCCGUCAGUCUUGGCAGGGUGGCGGUUUGUGCCGAGUGAUGCUGUUUUAGGGUCUCCAAGGGGGUUUCUGACCUGCUUUACAAACGGCUACUCUGUGCAGGGGCCUCAGCUUUUGGGGUGUGACCCCCCUGAGUCGGCUCCAGGAGACAGCCUCACGGUCUUGGAUGUAAAAACCCAUUCUUUCGUUGUCACCUGUGUCCCACAUGCACCCGCCUGCCAAUAUUAUUAUUAGAGUCAGUUUGCUCCAGGACCCGACCCUGUAUGCAAACAUGCCCUUUGGACUGGUGUAUGAAACAGAGAUUGAUGUUAAUGUACCAUGUAUGUUAAUGUGAAUCUGUGGGCAGGAUACUUCUUUUCUGUGACAGGAAAUAUCCGGACUGCUUAGAACUGGCUAUGUUUUAAUAUGCCUUGUGCUUUUAAUGUGUUGUGCUACUGUUGUAUGUAGAACAUGUGGAAGAAAAAACUUCUGUUUGAUGUCAAUAAAGCUAAGUUCUCUUCCGAC